UUCCGGCCGCUGUGACGAGCCCCGACAGCGGCGGCCGGAGCUCGGAAAGCUCCGUGGGGCCGAACCGGGACAUCCCCAUCCCUUAACGAAGGGUUAACGGAGCCCUGGGGCAGCCGGGAGCGUGGGGCGGGGAGAGGGGCGACGGGGCGGCGGCUCCCGGCUACGGCGGUACCGAGCGCGGCCGCAUCGCGGUUCCGAUCCCCGUCCCCGUCCCGGUCCCCAUCCCGACCCCUAUCCCGGUCCCCCCCGAGCUGCUCGCCGACCCCGCGGGCACGGAGGAUGGACCAGUCGGUGGCCAUCCAGGAGACGCUUCUCGAUGGGGCGACGUGUCGAAUCGCCGUGCAGGGAGCCGUGGCUGCGGGGCAGAGCGUGGAGAGCCGACUGCUGGGCCUGGUGGAGCGCGAUGGGCAACACGCGAUCUACGUGUACACACACCGGCGAAUGGCCAUCACAGCUGAGGACGUCUGGCUGGAGAAGGUUAUCCCCAUCACACAGGGGUUUGCAGUGGAAGAAGUGAUACCUGAUGGUGACCUUCAUGUCAUCGGUUCGGAUGUGACCAUUCGGAUCCGGUCAGAAGAUGAUGGGCUCACAGUGCAGCUGCCCUUUGGUUCACACACACGCACCUUCCUGCAGGAGGUCAGCAAGUGCAGCACAGAAGGUUCUGAAGGCAUCAAGCAGAAUGGAAAGAAGCUUGUGGUCAGUCCAGGCUGGAGCCAGGACAGCACUGACAGCAAUGCUUCCAGGCAAAGCAAACUCAAACCAGAGGUGACAACAGAAAUGGUGCGGUCCUCCAGCGUGAUGGUCUCAAACGUGGCUUCGAUCUUAUUAGAACCAAAGUUUGAGUUGCGAGAUACUAUUGUCAAAUCUGAGCUCGUGCAAAGGGAGGAUUCCUACACGUACAUCCAGAACUUCAGGUUUUUUGUCGGGACUUACAAUGUGAAUGGUCAGUCCCCCAGGGAAAGCCUCCAACCUUGGCUGAGAUGUGACUCUGCACCUCCAGACAUUUACUGUGUGGGUUUCCAGGAGCUCGAUCUGAGUAAAGAAGCCUUCUUUUUCAAUGACACACCGAAGGAAGAAGAAUGGUUUAAAGCUGUAACCGAUAGCCUUCACCCAGAUGCCAAGUAUGCAAAGGUGAAGCUUGUGCGACUUGUGGGAAUAAUGCUUCUGUUGUAUGUGAAGGCAGAUCUUGCUUUGAACAUCUCGGAGGUGGAAAUUGAGACUGUGGGAACUGGCAUCAUGGGGAGGAUGGGUAACAAAGGUGGUGUUGCCAUAAGGUUUAAAUUCCAUAACACUAGUGUGUGCGUCGUGAAUUCUCACCUUGCUGCUCACACGGAGGAAUAUGAGAGGAGGAACCAGGACUUCAAAGACAUCUGCUCUCGGAUGCAGUUCUGCCAGUCGGAUCCAAAUUUGCCACCUCUCACUAUCAGCAAACACGACGUGAUCUUGUGGUUGGGUGACCUCAACUAUCGGCUGGAAGAACUGGAUGUGAUGAAAGUGAAGCAGCUUGUAGAUGAGAAAGCAUUUCCAGAGCUUUGCAAAUACGACCAGCUAAAGAGGCAAAUGAAUGCAAAAGCAGUCUUUGAAGGCUUUACAGAGGGAGAGAUUUCUUUCCAGCCGACAUAUAAAUACGAUGCUGGCUGUGAUGAGUGGGACACAAGUGAGAAGUGCCGUGUUCCAGCUUGGUGUGAUCGGAUACUCUGGAAAGGCCAGAAUAUUACUCAGCUGAGCUACCGCAGCCAUAUGGCUCUGAAGAUCAGCGACCAUAAGCCAGUUAGCUCCGUGUUUGAUAUCGGGGUGAAAGUUGUGAAUGAGGAGCUCUACCGAAAGGUCUUUGAGGAAAUCGUGCGUUCCCUGGAUAAGAUGGAGAACGCCAACAUUCCCUCUGUGACCCUCUCCCAGAGAGAGUUCCAUUUUGAGGAUGUGAAAUACAUGCAGCUGCAGGUAGAGAAGUUUACAAUCCGCAAUGGACAAGUGCCCUGCCAGUUUGAAUUUAUCAGCAAACCAGAUGAAGAUACCUAUUGCAAGGAGUGGCUGAUUGCUAAUCCUAGUAAGGGCUUUCUGCUGCCAGGUUCUGAGAUCACAAUUGAGUUGGAACUGUUUGUUAAUAAAUCAACAGCUACACGGUUGAACUCUGGAGAAGAAAAACUUGAGGACAUCUUAGUCUUGCAUCUCACCAGGGGGAAGGAUUAUUUUCUGUCUGUAACAGGAAACUACUUGCCCAGUUGCUUUGGGUCUCCCAUUCAUACGCUGUGUUACAUGAGGGAACCGAUCCAAGACAUGUCUGCAGAAUCCAUUCGGAAUCUUACCCUGAUGCCACUGGAAGCGAGCAAUAAUGCUACUCAAGCUGAAAAGCCUCUGGAGAUUCCCAAAGAGCUGUGGAUGAUGGUGGAUCACUUAUACCGCAAUGCUUCCCAGCAGGAGGACCUGUUUCAGCAACCAGGCCUUAGGUCUGAAUUUGAGCAAAUCCGAGAUUGUUUGGACAAAGGAAUGCAUGAUACCCUCCUUGGCAGCAACCACUCGGUAGCAGAGGCAUUGCUGCUCUUUCUGGAAAGCCUGCCAGAGCCAGUCAUCUGCUAUAAGUUCUACAGCAGCUGUUUGGAGUGUGCCAACAACUACCUGCUGAGCAGCCAGAUUAUCUCUAACCUGCCGGAGUGCCAUAGAAACGUGUUUGAAUAUCUAAUGGCAUUUCUACGAGAACUACUGAAAAAUUCAGGGAAGAACAAUUUGGAUGUGAAUAUUUUAGCUAGUAUAUUUGGUGGCUUGUUACUCAGACCUCCUCCUGGACAUCCUAUGCCUGAUAUAACAGAAAAGAGGAAAGCUCAGCAAUUUAUCCAUCAGUUCCUCCUGAGAGACAGCAGCCCGUUGUGAAUUUCAGAUGCGGCUCAUCUGCUUUUUAAACUGCUGUAAAGAAAACAAUGUACAGUGUAUCAGUUUAUUUUUAAUCACAGUAUUUUAUACAAUCUCUUUGCUAUUCAAUGCAGCUCAGGCGUUUAGAAUCAGGUGUCACUGUUAAAUAAGCUGUAUAUUGAACUCCUCCAUAAGCUGUAGACAAAGCGAGAAUAGAAGAGAUGAUAUUUACAUUUAUAUUUAACUUGUAUUAAAGCACCGGAUUUUUAAGUCCUUAUUAUUUAAAUAAUAAAAACAUCUCAGUGCA